UUGACCGGCGGUUCCAGCCGGACCUCUUUCCAGAACGGACCACAACUAUGACCGCCGCCGUUACGUGACCAAUGAGUGGGUUUUCGUUCUUUCGCUUAGCGUAAUACAACAUUAGAUAGGUGACCAGGAGUUAUUUCUAAAAUAUGGGUGUUAUAAGGCACGUCGUGUGCGCCAUGUCAGGCGGCGUUGACAGCUCCGUUGCGGCCUUGAUACUGAAGAGAAGAGGCUAUAAUGUGACUGGGGUGUUCAUGAAAAACUGGGACUCCCUGGAUGAGAGCGGAGUGUGCACUACAGAGAAGGACUGUGAGGACGCCUACAAAGUGUGCCAAAGCCUUGACAUCCCCUUCCAUCAAGUGUCAUAUGUUAAAGAGUACUGGCAUGAAGUUUUCAGUAAUCUGUUGAAAGAAUAUGAGAAAGGCAGGACUCCAAACCCAGACAUUAUCUGCAACAAGCAUAUCAAAUUCAAUCAUUUCUACAAAUAUGCAAUCACAACUCUAGGUGGUGAUGCCAUGGCGACAGGGCACUACGCGAGGACCUCCCAGGAGGACGAAGAGGUUUUCCAGCAGACCCGCAAAACCUUGCCCCUCGUUUUGUUCAGAAACCGCUUCGAGUUCAGAAACCCGGUGAGAAUGUACAAAGGGGCCGACCUGUUCAAAGACCAAACCUUCUUCCUGAGUCAGAUCUCCCAGGAUGCCUUGCGGCAAACCUUGUUCCCGCUCGCCGGGCUCACGAAGGAGUUUGUGAAAAAGAUGGCGGCUGAAGCCGGCUUUCACCAUGUGCUACAGAAGAAAGAGAGCAUGGGCAUCUGCUUCAUUGGGGAGAGGAACUUUGAAAACUUCAUUUUGGAGUACCUCGAACCUAAACCUGGCAACUUUGUGUCCAUAGAGGACGGCAGUGUUAUGGGAACACACAAAGGGUGGUUCACUCUGACGCUGGGCCAGAGGGCGCGAAUAGGAGGCCUGAAGGAUGCCUGUUUUGUGGUCGACAAAGACAUUGUUACCGGCGACGUGUUCGUGGCCCCGUCUACCAACCACCCGUCUCUCUUCCGUGACACCGUGAAAACGGACCGCUUCCACUGGUUAACGAUGGACCCACCUCCCGAACUGGCCCGUAACAAGACGAUGGAGUGCAGCUUCCGAUUCAUCCACCAGAUGCCGCUAAUUCCUUGCACUGUGACUCUAAACAUGGAUGGCUCUGUGUGGAUCUCCCUCUCGCACACGGUCAGAGCUUUAACAACUGGACAGUUUGCCGUGCUCUACAAAGGCGACGAGUGUCUGGGGAGCGGCAAGAUCAUCCAGCUCGGCCCCAGCGAGUUCACCAUCCAGAGGGGACGGGAAUGUUCGGCGGCGGCGACGCAGCUCAGAAAGGAGAAGCAGAACCCAGAACCAGUCAGAUGACACAACCUCAGAAAGUACACCAUCUUUUAAAGUACUUAUUGCACAUUAUUUUUAAUGCACACCGACGGUCAAACACUGUUUUCUACUGUUUUUGUUGUAAAAUAGUUUUAGUUAGGUUGCAAAACUCAAGCUAGAAACCUGUUAAUAACUCUUCUGUUGUAUUAUACAAUAACUCCUCUUCCGCCAAGUCAGCAGUUCAGUUUUUCUCUUUAAAAAGCACUGUAAGAUAUUAGCAUAUGAAUAUGAAAAGGGAAAAAACGCUUUUAUUGACAAAAAGGUAAGUGCCUUUUAGACUGUGACACAAUGCAAGAGCAUACUACUUGAGGCAGGUUAUUAAAGCUGUCAAUGUAUGGCUUUGUUUUUAGCUUAAUUUUAUUAAAGGGUAAUAAUGAGGACAGGAUUGCUCGUGUGGUGUAGUACAACUUUGAUACACAGGUGGCGAUGUUGCACAAGGUAAGCCACACCUUAUUCAAGUUUUUUAUACGCUCAGGAGGGCUUUUUUGUGAUAUAUUUAAUUACAUUUAAAGCCUAACUAUGUAUUUAAAUGUGGAAUAUUUCCUCUAAACCUUUAUAUUGAAAAUUACACUAAAAUGCCAGUGAAUACAUUGAAAAUGUAUUGGGUUUUUUUCUUCUCAUUUUUACUAGCAAAUAUUUUAAUACAAAUACAUCCAUCCAUCCAUUCAUUUUUCUACCGCUUGUCCCUUUUGGGGUUGCGGGGGUUGCUGGAGCUUAUCCCAGCUGCACAUGGGCGGAAAGCGGUGUACACCCUGGACAAGUCACCACCUCAUCGCAGGGUCAACACGGAUAGAUACAUGACUCAAUAAAUUACUUUACGAUUAGGGUGUUUUUUGUAUUGAGAUAUAAAAGCAAAUUAAUUUUCAUGUAGAUAAAUGUUGAUUACUUUUCGCCAAAUUAGUCAAUAGUUUGCACGAGUGUUGUUUAUUCAUGCGCUUCAAUAUCUUGCUACUGUUUUCUGUUUAAAAAAAGGGAAGGAAAGUCUUCAAAAUGCCAUCUUUUUUAGUUUAAGUGCUUCUUAAUAAACUAACGUGUUUUCUUUAUAAGUACAGUAUAGUGAAAUUGUCAUAUUAGUACAGUACAGGCUGUCCUACACUCUGCAGUAUGCGUGUAGUGCAGCUGUUGUCCACAGGGGGAAAUGUUGCACAAGCCUAACCUUAAAGUGGCAGGUUUUUUUGUCCUAAAUUAAUUCAAUAUAAAGCCAAAUAAUUUAUUAAAAUGUCAAAUAUUUACUAAAACUUUAUAUUUAUUUAAUUAAACUAAAAUGCCAGUAAAUAAAUUCAAAAUGUAUUUGUUUUUUCUUCUUAUUUUAACAAGCAAUUGUACCAAUAAAGCUACAUGACGGUGUAAAUUACUUUAAGAUUGGGGUCUUUUUGUAUUGAGAUAUGAAAGCAAAUUAGUUUUCAUGGAGAUUACUUUUUAACAAACUAAUCAAUAGUUUGCAGGGUUUUUAAUACUGCACUUUAAUAUUUUGCUAAUCUUUCCUUUUUUAAAUAUGAGGGAAAGUAGUUAAGUGCUUUUUUUAAGUCAUCCUUGAUAAACUAACGUGUUUUCUUAAGUAUAGUGAAGUAACUUGUCUUGAUAGUACAGUACAAACAUGCUUGUAGUGUAGCUUUUUUCCACAGGGGGCAAUGUUGCACAAGGUAAACCCGGCUCUGGUUUAAAGUUUUCUGUUGCAGUGUAGUUAUCCAUCCAUCCAUUUUCUACCGCUUGUCCCUUUUGGGGCCGCGGGGGGUGCUGGAGCCUAUCUCAGCUGCAUUUGGGCGGAAGGCGGUGUACACCCUGGACAAGUCGCCACCUCAUCGCAGGGCCAACACAGAUAGAUAGACAGACAACAUUCACACUCACAUUUACACACUAGGGCCUUUUUAGUGUUGCCAAUCAACCUAUCCCCAGGUGCAUGUUUUUGGCUGUGGGAGGAAGCCGGAGUACCUGGAGGGAACCCACACAGUCACAGGGAGAACAUGCAAACUCCACACAGAAAGAUCCCGAGCCCGGGAUUGAACUCAGGACUUCUCAGGACCUUCGUAUUGUGAGGCACAUGCACUAACCCCUGUUCCACCGUGCUGCCCAGUGUAGUUAUUUUAGGCCCAAAUUAAUGACAGUAAAUAUAAAGCCAAAUAAUUUAUUAAAAUGUGAAAUAAUUAUUUAAAACUUUAUAUGGAUUAAACUGUACAAUACAUAAAUAGAAGUGUAUUAUUUGUUUUUCUUCACAUUUUUUCUGGCAAAUGUUUCAAUAAAAAUACACGAAGGUGUCAAUUACUUUAGAAUUAGCGUGUUUUGUGCUGAGAUAUGAAAGGAAUUUAGUUUUCCUGGACAUUACUUAUGAUUAUUUUUCACUGAAUUAAUCAAUAGUUUGCAAGGUUUUUUAUUCCUGCAGUUCAAUAUCUAUAUAAAAAAAAGGGGGGGCCAGUCGUAAACGUGUUAUGUCUUUAAGUGCUCCUUGAUAAACUAACGUGUUUUCUUAAGUA